UCUUUUGUCAAACUAACAAACCAACCAACCCAAAAAAAAAGAAACUCCCAUUUCAUUUGUUUGUUACUACUAUACUUUGGCUUCUCUACCUGCUGCAACUUUCCUUCUCUCCCACUUUCUCUCCCUAAAGGGUCUUGCAACACCCCAUGUUUUUUUCUUUUUUGUUCACCCUUUAAAAGUUUUUUCCAAGGGAAAUACUUAAAAAGAAAAAAACAUGGUUCGAGCUGUGGAACAAGACCAGGAAAAUCCCAGGUCCAAACUGUUCAAUUUCAGAGGGAUGUUUGAGAACACUGGGAGGCAUGCUAAGAGCUUGAGCGUUGACACCGGCACUCGAUUGGAUCCUACGGCAGAGGAUGGUGCAGCCUCAUCAAGAAGCCAAGGAUCAAGACCAAUUAAUGAUUUGGACAAGGUUCCUAAGGCAAGGAUCAUAAGCAAGGAGGAAAUCGCAGCUAAGGAAGCCAAAGAGAAACUAUUACAAGAGAUGGAACAGAUGAGAGAGAGAUUUGCAAAACUGCUAUUGGGUGAGGACAUGUCCGGUGGAGGAAAAGGUGUUUCUUCUGCAUUGGCACUGUCAAAUGCAUUCACAAACCUUGCUGCUUCUGUUUAUGGUGAACAAAAGCGCCUAGAACCGAUGCCGGCAGAAAGGAAAGCAAAAUGGAGAAAAGAAAUUGAUUGGCUUCUAUCAGUCACAGAUUAUGUUGUUGAAAUGGUUCCUACACAACAAAAAUCAAAGGAUGGUUCACAAAUGGAGAUUAUGACAACGCGACAACGAGCAGAUCUUCACAUGAAUAUCCCUGCCUUGCGCAAGCUUGAUGCAAUGCUUCUUGAAUGUCUGGAUAACUUCAAAGAUCAAAAUGAGUUCUACUACAUAUCGAAAGAUGCAGAUGAUUCAGAUUCAGACAGUGGAAAGAAAAAAAAUGAUGAUAAGUGGUGGUUACCUGUACCUAAGGUUCCCGCGGAAGGUCUAUCUGAUGCAGCGAGAAAAUUUCUACAGUAUCAGAAAGAUAGUGUGAAUCAAGUACUUAAAGCAGCCAUGGCAAUUAAUGCACAAGUUCUAACAGAAAUGGAGAUCCCUGAAAGCUAUAUUGAAUCCUUACCCAAGAAUGGAAGAGCAAGUCUUGGGGACUCAGUCUACAGGAGCAUUACAGUUGAGUUUUUUGAUCCUGAUCAAUUCUUAUCAACCAUGGACUUAUCAUCAGAACACAAAAUCCUAGAUCUCAAGAAUAGAAUUGAAGCAUCAAUAGUGAUUUGGAAGAGGAAGAUGAACCAAAAAGAUAGCAAAUCUGCUUGGGGUUCUGCUGUAAGUUUGGAAAAAAGAGAGCUCUUUGAAGAGAGAGCAGAAACCAUCUUACUUCUCUUGAAGCACCGUUUCCCUGGCAUUCCACAAUCUUCAUUGGAUAUAAGCAAAAUCCAAUUCAACAAGGAUGUGGGGCAAGCAGUUCUUGAGAGCUAUUCAAGAAUAUUGGAAAGUUUGGCCUUCACAGUACUUUCAAGAAUAGAUGAUGUGCUUCAAGCAGAUUACCAAACUCAAAAUGUACCAGGAAGAAAGAGCAGUGCUGCCAGAAUCUCCUUUUCGAAGCCGAGUCCUAGAGAAGAGAUGGACAAGGUUGGUGCAGAUCAAACGCCUGGUUCAAUGACUCUAUCAGAUUUCAUGGGUUGGGGCUCUGAUCAAGCUGACUCAGAGGUGAAGAAAGACCCCUUCGCAGCUUCAGAUGAUUUUUACAAUAAUGUUGAUAUGAAGCAACCACAAAAACUUCCAGAAGUAGUGACCACCAAGAAAGUGUCAUACCUUGAGACAUUGGGUGUGAUGAGAAGUCCCACAUCGCGCCAUUGAAGAACAAGAGUGUAGAGUGAGAAGCUUGGUCUUCAAAAUCAAAAGCACCAUCAGACCACUUACCCAUAAUGGUGUUUUGUUAGAGUCUUGAUAGCUUAAUUUUGGUCAAUUCCUUCCUUUUGUACAUAGGAAUGAAUAUAUAGCACCAUCAGCUUUGAAGCAUUGUCAAAUAUUUAUAUUAUCCUCAGUAUAUAUGAGAAAGAUUUGUAGUCUGGUAGCCACCUUGAUAAGAUUUAAAUUUAGGGCGUGUUUAGAUACAA